AUGAUAUUAAUAAAUAGGAUUAGUAGUAGUAAUAAUACAACUACUACAAAUGAUAACAAUAAUAAUAAUAAUAAUAAUAAUAAUAAUAAUAUACUGAAUUUUGAUAGUAAUGAUACAAUAGAAGAACAAGAAUCAACUCCUAAAAAAUUAUCAGAAGAAGAUAAAAAAUUAAAAUUCAAUAUUCAAGGACUUUUCAAAAGGUUACCAUCUUUUUCACAACAACCACCACCACAGUCACCAAAAUCUGAAUCAUUACCACAAAUAAACUCACCAAAAGUUAAACCACAAAAUAUUAUAACCGAUAUAAAUCAUAUAACAAUUGUACAAAGUAUAGAUGAAGAAGAUGAAGAAGAAGGAAUUGAAGAAUUUACAUUCGGUGAAUCAUCAUUACCUCAAUUAACUCCUAUAACAAAAAGUUCAUUAUUCAAUACAGCACUGAGUUAUUUCCCCAGUCAAUAUUCAUCAGAUCAAGAAAGAUAUACUUCAUUUACAUCAGAUUGUAUAUCUUUACAAAAUAGUGAAAUGAGUAAUCAUUUGGAGGUAGAAGAACCACAAGUUAAAGAUAAAAAGAAAAAAGAACCAACAAGACCACAACCUAAAAGAAAUUUAAGAAGUUUAUUAAGAAUUGGUUCAUUUUCUGGAAAUCAAAAUAUAAAAACCACAAAUCCUCAUAAAGAUUUAAUUGUUCCAGAAGAACAACUGGAUAUAACAGAUGAAGAUGAAGAAGAUUCUGAAUCAGAUCUCGAAUUUGAUCCAAAACAUGAAGAAAGUCAAUAUGAUUAUAAAAUUGGUGGAUAUCAUCCAGUUUGUAAAGGUGAUAUUUAUUAUAGUAAAAAUUUACCAAAUAGAGAAUACCUCAUACUUAGAAAACUAGGUUGGGGACAUUUUUCUACAGUUUGGUUAGCAAAAUCAAGAGUUACAAAUUUAAGUGAUUCAACAAGCGAAAAUUCAAGUGAAUAUUUUGUUGCAAUAAAAUUUGUAAAAUCAAAUAAAAAUUAUAAAGAAGCAGCAAAAGAUGAAAUAAGAAUUUUAAAAACCCUAAAUGAUCCAACCACCAGUGAACAUUUACCAAAAGAAUAUAAAUAUUUUGAAAAUCAAAAACCACAAGAUCAUCCAGGUUAUAAUCAUUUAAUGAAAUUACUUGAUGAUUUUGAAAUCAUUGGACCAAAUGGUAACCACAUAUGUAUGGUUUUUGAAAUAUUAGGAGAAAAUGUUUUAAACCUCAUAUACAAGUACAAAAAAUUUUAUAAAAAUGUAAAUGAAGAAAUUAAAAAGAAAAACAGUUCAAGUAGUAGUGGAGAUGAAGAACCAAUGAAAUUUAAUAAAUUAGAAACAAAACCAAGUAAAAAAACAAAAUCAAUGUUAAGUUUGGGUAUGAAAGAUCCCACAUCAACUACUACAUCAUCAUCAACUUCAUCAUUAACAGUUUCACCAGUUAUGAAUGAAGAUUCUGAUUCUACAACUUCAACAACAACAGUAGGAUCAUGGGAAAACUGUAUUGAUAAAAAAUUAAAAUCAUUAAAUUCAAAUUCAUUAAUUAGAAUUAUUGAAACUUCCAAAAAUUGUGGAGGAAUACCAUUAACAUUAGUAAAACAAAUUGUUAAGCAAAUGCUUUUAGCAAUUGAUUAUAUGCAUCAUUGUGGUAUUAUUCAUACAGAUUUAAAACCAGAAAAUAUUUUAAUUGAUAUUGAAGAUAUUAAUAAAUUAAUUAAAACAAUUGAAGAAGAUAAAAAAUUAUCAAGAACAAAUUCAUUAACUAGAGCAGCUUCACUUAUUAAAAAAAAUUCAUUCAAUAAACCACAACUAUUUAGUAGAACUUCAAGUUCAACUGUUUUACAACAACCACCCGAGGAAAGACCAAGAGCUUCUUCAACUGUAUCAACAAAUUCACAAUCAUCAAGUUUUUAUUAUCGUCGUUCCAAAAAUUCCAUACAUGGUAAAUAUGAUUCACCAAUAAGAUCAUCAAAACCAUUAUGUUGUUCACAAAUGUCACAAGAAGUAUUUUUUAAAGAUGUUGAAUUUGAUAAAGUUAGAAAAUUAUCAAUAUCAAAAGCAAUCUCCCCCAAAAAUUUCUCAAUUUUUGAUUUAACCCGAAAAUUACCAACUAAUGAAACCACCAAAAAAUUAUCUAUAAAAAUUGCAGAUUUAGGUAAUGCAACAUAUACAAAUGAACAUUUUACAAAUCAAAUUCAAACAAGACAAUAUAGAUCACCUGAAAUUUUACUCAAGUAUAAAUCAUGGGGUUCAUCAACAGAUAUAUGGAGUAUUGGAUGUAUAAUAUUUGAACUAAUAACUGGAGAUUUUUUAUUUGAUCCUCAUGAUGGGAAAUUUUUCGAUAAAGAUGAAGAUCAUUUAGCUCAAAUUGUUGAAUUGUUGGGUGCUUUCCCAAAUGAUGAAUAUUUAGUUGAUUGUAAAUUAACUGGUAAAUUUUUCAAAUUAGAUCCAAAAAAUCAUAAACAAAUUAUUUUCAAAAAUAUAGAUAAUUUAAAAUAUUGGGGUCUUGAACAAGUUUUGGUUGAAAAAUAUAAAUUUCCAAAAAAUGAUCCUGAAAUUCAUCUUAUUGUUGAUUUAAUAUUAAAAUGUCUUAAAUUUAAUACUGGAGAAAGAUACGAUGCAAGUUCAUUAUUAAAACAUCCUUGGUUUAAUGAAACAACCACCACCACCACAACAACCGAUAAUGAAUUAAAAAACUUAACUAAUGAUCAUAAUGAUUUACCUGGGUAUACAUGUGAAGAAUAA